GAGAGAGAGAGAGAGAGAGAGAGAGAGGAGAUGAGAAAGUGGGGGGGAGGGGGUCUUGACGUCAUUCGUGUUUUUAGCGGUCUACACGGUUUCCACAAACACACUUUGCUCGUACUGUCCUCAAAUCUGUAUGGUCAAUGCUUUCCCUCAUGUUCGCGGAAAGCCUCUGUUUUCCCCAAGACGAGGAACCUUUUGCAUGAAGUUUUCAUUAAUGUGAAGAAAAAGGUAGGGAUUGGUUGAUUUUCUCUCUUGCGAUCUUAACAUUUUAUUUCUCACUAUUGCGUUUGAUUUUCAUAGAUGCGCAACUUUGCUGUAGUAGGGAAGAGUUUCCUUUCAGCACCAUGGAUAGCACCAUAGUUCUUUAGCGCGUUCUGUAGAAUAUGAUUCAACUAUUUAUUUAUUUUUUAUUUUAUUUUAUUUUAUUUAUUUAUUUUUACAUUCGAACUGGUCCAAUAUAUUGUUUUAACAGUUUCGUAACACGUAUUAGCGAGCCCUUGUUUAUGGCGUCUGACUUUUGCACAUUUAAAACCUUUGGCUUCAUGUUGCAUUAAAAGUUUUGGUCUGUUUCUUGAUGUCUAACAUGCAGCUAUCUCUCUUCAGGGCGAUCACUGUAAAGAUGAACGAGAGCGCAACAGCAAACGAGAGCGUGGCGGGAUUUCCCAUGGCCUCGUGGGUGGAAGCCGGAGCCUUCAGCGGAAACAGCAGCCUGGCGCUCUCCUCAUCCUCCUUGUUUCUCGACUUUCCCAUAAACCCAUGGGACAUUAUGCUGUGCCUCUCCGGCACUGUGAUCGCAUGUGAGAACGCCAUCGUGGUGGCGAUCAUCUUCUACACGCCGACUCUGCGCACCCCGAUGUUCGUGCUGAUCGGCAGCCUUGCGACUGCCGACCUGCUCGCGGGAGUGGGACUGAUAUUGAACUUUGCGUUCCAGUACUUGAUCUCGUCGGAGACGGUCAGCCUGAUCACGGUCGGUUUCCUCGUAGCUUCAUUCACAGCUUCGAUCAGCAGCCUGCUGGCCAUCACUGUGGACCGCUACUUCUCUCUGUACAACGCGCUCACCUACCUAUCGGAGAGAACGUUGCACUGCGUGCACUUGAUGCUCCUGGGCGCGUGGGGAGCAUCGCUGGGUCUCGGCAUUUUGCCCGUGCUCGGCUGGAACUGCGUGCAUGACACGGCUUCCUGCAGCGUCGUGCCGCCGAUCACGCGCACCAACGUGGCACUGCUCGCCGUGGCCUUCUUCACCAUUUUCCUCCUCAUGCUCGGCCUCUACUGCAAGAUCUGCAAGAUCAUGUGCCGUCACGCGCACCAGAUAGCGCUUCAGCGCCACUUCCUCGCGCCUUCGCACUACGCCGCCACCAAGAAAGGCGUCUCCACGCUCGCCAUCGUCCUGGGCACGUUUGGCGCGAGCUGGCUGCCCUUCGCCAUCUACUGCUUGGUGGGCGAGCGCGAUGACCCGGCCGUGUACACCUACGCCACGCUACUUCCGGCCACCUACAACUCCAUGAUCAACCCGAUCAUCUACGCGUACCGCAACACUGAGAUCCAGCGCUCGCUCUAUGUGCUUUUCUGCGGCAGUGCGCGCACCGACGUGUCCUAUCGUUCCAGAUCACCGAGCGAGGUCUAGGUGCGACACUGAUUUUCCCUUAAAACUCACUUCACCUUGACU